AUGAAUAGAACUCUUGUGGAAAGAAUAAGAGCAACAUUGGCAACCGCAAAAUUGGAUCAAGUCUAUUGGGCGGAAGUAGUAAAAAACUAUCUGUUAUAUGGUGAAUCGAUCUCCAUCAAUAGCAAUACAAUUAAGCUGAUGGAGAUGUGGACCGGUGAUCGUGAUAGUAGUAAAUUUGCCACAAGCUAUGUGUUUGCAAUUGCUGGAGAAGUUGGCCACGCCGUCGCCUUCAACCUCUUCCACCGCUUCCUUGGGGCCCACGGUCGCCAGCUCGGAUUCAUGCUCCGCGGCCUCCGUCAGCUCUCCGCCAAGCUCAAAUCCCUCAACAUCCCUUUCUUCCUCUUUAGAGGCGAUGCAAUCGACACAAUCCCUAACUUUGUUGAGGAUUGUGGGGCUUCGACGUUGAUUACUGACUUCUCGCCGUUGAGGCCGGUGAGGGAGUGGAAAGAGGAGAUUGUGAGGAGAGUGGGGGAUAAUGUUAGGGUUUUGGAGGUGGAUGCGCAUAAUGUGGUGCCGGUUUGGGCGGCGUCGGGGAAGUUGGAGUACAGCGCGAAGACGAUUAGGUCGAAGAUUCAGAAGUUGUUGCCGGAGUAUCUUGUUGAGUUUCCUGAAAUUUCGGGGAGCGAGGUUGAGUGGAGCGCUGGUGAGCCGCCGGAGAUUGAUUGGGAUGCACUCAUUGCUGAAGUGGUUAGUGAAGGAUAUGAGGUGCCUGAGAUCGGGUGGUGCGAACCAGGGGAAGAUGCCGCAAUGGAGGUGUUAAUGGGAAGCAAGGAUGGGUUUUUAACAAAGAGGCUUAAAAACUAUCACACUGACCGGAACAACCCAUUAAAGCCGAAGGCGUUGUCAGGGCUUUCGCCUUAUUUGCACUUCGGACAAAUUUCUGCACAAAGAUGUGCAUUGGAAGCAAAGUCCUUAAGAAAUUCUAAUCCCCAGCCAUCUCACAGUAGUACUCAUAAGAGAUGGAUAAUUACUCAGGCAGUUGAUACAUUCUUGGAGGAAUUGAUUAUUCGAAGAGAACUGGCUGACAACUUUUGCUAUUACCAACCUCAGUAUGACUCAUUGCGAGGCGCAUGGGAAUGGGCUCGCAAUACAUUGAUGGACCAUGCUGCAGAUAAAAGAGAGCAUUUGUACACGAAAGAGCAGCUAGAAAAAGCAAAAACUGUUGAUCCUCUAUGGAAUGCCUCUCAACUGGAGAUGGUUCAUCAUGGCAAGAUGCAUGGAUUCAUGAGGAUGUAUUGGGCCAAGAAAAUCCUUGAAUGGACAUCGAACCCUGAAGAAGCACUUUCAAUAGCUAUAUAUUUAAAUGAUAAGUAUCAGAUAGAUGGAAGAGAUCCAAAUGGCUAUGUUGGCUGCAUGUGGUCCAUAUGUGGGAUCCAUGAUCAGGGCUGGAAAGAGAGACCUGUGUUUGGGAAAAUCCGAUACAUGAAUUAUGCAGGUUGCAAAAGAAAAUUUGAUGUUGAUGGCUACAUUGCCUAUGUGAACAAGUUGGUUGGGGAGACCAGGAAAAGGAAAUUAAGCAGUUCUUCAAGUUUGUCAGCAAAGCAAUCUAGAAGUUUGACUCCACGAUGAAACUGCAAAAUGCAGUUUUCUUUUUGUCUGGUUAUAGAUGGAUAUGUGACAAGGUAAACUAGUGUCAUCUUUGCUUAUGGAAGAGAGGUCUAAUUUAUUUAACCUUGGUCAGCUAAAAGAAAAUCACAGCUGCGCUUUGUUGGAGUUGGGAGUAUGCUCCUUUUUGCUCAAAAGAAUAUAUAUAGAUUUAACCAUAUUUUCCAAAGUAAAAUGUAAAGCAGAAUUGCUAAUGGUUAAAAUAUCUGAUUUGUUGGCGUAUUGUGCUAACGAACUUUAGAGUUUGUUGCAGUCAGUUGUACAAGUUGGUCUAACUUUUGUCUAAAAAUGCAAUGACUCGCGAAAACUAUGAUUAGCAAAUUCUUGAGAA